ACAGGACCGACUUGCAUGUGCUCCUUCGAAAAGGAGAGCAUUCUGGAGUCGCCCCUUUCAAAGUGUCCAUCAACCAUCUCGAUUUGGGAAGGAACAGCGCUGCGGGAGGAGGCGCGCUCUGCCUGCCUCUCCCUCCUCGCGGGCUUCCUCCGCGUCGGCGAAAGUUUGCCGGGCGGGCAGGCGAGGAGGGGAGCCGCGCUGCUACCGUCCGAGGGACGCGGCAGACAAAAGGGAGGCGGACCUACGUGGCUUCCCCUCGAAAGGCAGCGCGGCUGCUCCGCCGACGACGACUGGUGGCCGCGGGCGACUGCGAGGCGGCGCGCUGGGAAGCAAGCGAGGAGCGCGGCUUCCCCGGAGGUCAGAUGCGCGCCGCGGGAGGCGCCCGCCGCCGGACGCGCCCGCCGCGCUCCGCCCGUGCGCUUGGCUCUUGGCUGCACGUUGCAAGCCGAGCGGGCGGUCAGGUCGCGCUGGAGACUUCGCAGGAAGCGGGGAGGCAGCCCGGGGCGCGCCGGCGUCGCUGAUGGAUCGCCGGGACUCUCCUGUCUGCUGCACGGGCUAAGGCGGGAAUUCCCUGCAGCAGCAGCAGCAACAGCAGCAGCCCGGACGAGCGGACGGAGUGUGCAAGGCAUGCCCGCCUUGAAGCGCCUGCUGAGAGCCAGGCUGGGCAGGCGCUGCUCCGCCGCCCUCUGCCUCUUCUGGGCGGCGUGCGGGGCGGCAGGGGGCGCCUUCUUCUUCUUAGCGCACAGCGGCGUCCUCCUCUCCGGGCGCUGCACCGACGAGCAGAGCCACAGGAUCCUGGCCAGGCUGUGCCUUGACUAUAGAAAAGGAGCCUUGACAGGAGACCUUUGCGAAGACUUGUGUGUGGCACAGAAGUUGAUAUACAAGCGCUGCCUUUAUUACGACAGAGGUAAGAAGGUCAUCCAAGCUGACUGGAGAGGCCGCCCAGUCAUCCUGAAAUCCAAAAAUGAAAUCUUCUCUAGCUACCACCACCUUGGCUUUCUGGAGGAAAUGGAACCACAGGGUAUUCCAGAGGCAGAGCUCCUCCUGAUGGUCGCUUUGGAGAUCAAGAAUGUUCUGGGUCUAGAACUUCCUAAUAACACUGUGGUGCCUUUGUGGACGAAGGGGAAGGGCCCACACUGGAAAGCGCAGCUGGCUAGCAUGUGGUCCCUACUCCAACAAGAAGAAUAUAUUUACUUCAGUGUGCUGCAAGACUUCAGUAAACAUGUCCUAAGGGUCAUUGGCUCCUGUGGCCACUUCUAUGCUGUGGAGUACCUGACCGCUGGGCAUACCUGGCAGAAAACUCUCUUUUCUGUGGAAGAUGCGGCUGGCGUUUCCUUUUCUGGGAUUAAAAGCAAGGCUAAGGCCAUCACUGAAAUUGCCAUCAGCUUCCUGGAUAUGGUAAAACAUUUUGACAAUGACUUUUCUCACCGGCUUCAUCUCUGUGACAUCAAGCCGGAAAACUUCGCCAUCCGAAGUGAUCUGACGGUGGUGGCUAUUGACGUAGACAUGGCUUUCUUUGAACCGAAAAUGAGAGACAUCCUUGAGCAGAACUGCACAGGCGAUGAAGACUGUAAUUUUUUUGAUUGCUUUUCAAAGUGUGACCUGAGGAGCAGAAAAUGUGGAGCAGAGAGAGCCAAUAACAACCUCCAAGUCAUCUGUGAAAAAAUAUUCCGUCCCUGGUUUUCUCUCAACUUCAUGGGAUCUGCUGUCUCCUUUCCCCUCCAGCUGCAGUUACAGAAGGCAGUGCAGGAUUGUGCAGAAGCCAGCACCAAGGACACUGGCCAUCAUCAGAGCCAUUCUUCACAUUCUCUUUCUGAGUUAUACCAUUUGCUUCGAGCCAGUCAAAAGGAACUUCAGAAAUCCAGUAGCUACCCUCAUCUAAUUCACCAAUGAUUACUAUUCAGGGAAGAAGGACUUUUUGUAUUUUUCUUCUUCCAUUCAAUAGAAUUAAUUUCCACUUAAUGACUUCUGACUGUGCUUUUCAAAACUGUGAUUUGAAGAGGUAGCGUGUUUAUUAUUAAUACUCUUUGAAAUGCAAAAUCAUUUUUAUUGGACUCUGUUUUUGCUUCAUUCCUGAACCCAUGCUGCUUCUCCCCUGCUGUUAUUUUGCAUUAUAUUGUUUAUCCAAAAAGCAGCAGCACCCGUCCAAACUAAUGUCUGACCCAAGGGUGGAACAACAUUGAAACUUCAGAUGUGCUUUGGAGAUGGAGAGGGGGGAGAACAGCUUUGUAAGAUUAAUUCAAGUUUGAAAAUAAAGAGCUGGGGUGGAGUGGUCACCUAAUUAAUGUUUUAUUCAAUAGAGAUUGUGUAGACUAAGAUCUUUGUUAGCAAGAAAGGGAAUGGAUAUUGGAACGAAGGAUACCGUAGUUUUCUCGCUGCCUGCCACCCAUCGCUAUUUAAGUCAAAAUAGACUAACAAUGUUAGUGGUUACAAUAAAACUGUUUCGCCCAUUGA